CGAACACACCCGUCUUGCCCGAACAGCACUCAGCCAGUCUUGCAGUCAAUACGAGCAGACAAGUCGGAUGACAGAUGUUUGGGAAUUAUAUUCUGCAGGCAGUAGCACUUUGGUCAGGUUCGGUCAGUGCAGUGCAGUUAGUCUUUUGGUUCAGUCAGUGCAGUGGACUCAGUUUCUUUUAAAGAAUCAGUCUUGAGUGCAUGGUACUUGGAGCAUUUUAGAUGUUACAAGUUGGAGUCCACUAGCACCGUCAAAGUAUUGGAGCAGUCGCAACUCACUGACACAUACCCCUUGGCUGCUUAUGCAGUGGGAGGCAAUCGAAUGGUUUCUCUGAAACACCACAUCAUCUCAAACUAGUUCUGCUUGCCCAGGCCUGUGAAGAUGUCUGCCCCCACUCAACUGCGUGUUAUCAUUGAUGAGACUAAAGUCUACAAGUUGACCCUACCCAGUGGAAUCCCUAGCACUGUUGACGAACUUUUGAAGGCAGCACAGGAGAAGUUUGAACUCCAAGGCAGUUUCACUGUGAUGUACAUGGACACAGGAUUUAAUGACCAAUUCUUCACUCUGGAGUCAACCGACUGGAUCAAGGACAAAGACACAAUCAAACUAGUUAAAAAAGAACCUCCUCCUGUUUUUGACCUUACCUUCGAAAAUCUUAAUGAGGCGGCUGCCUCCUUCCCACCAGAGCCACAGGAAACCUCUUCCCAGGAUGACAGUUCCUCAGCUUGUUCAUCCGCUAGCACCAUCAUUUUACAGAAUUCACCGGGGUAUCGAGAUCAGCCAUGGCCGACUGACUUUGUGAUACCCACCUUCUCUGAUCAUGUUGAGGGGUAUCUCCAAGAUGGAAAUAAGGCUUACGAAAGGGAUGGCUCACUGCUUCUGGAUCCAAGUUUGAAGUCUGGUGUAUUAGACAAGCUUGCUGAAAAAAUCGUCCACUACACACCUUAUCCCUCUGGUCUUCAAAUUGAGGCAGCUGCAGAAGCCCUGGUGACCAAGUACCCCUGCCUAAGGGAGCCUGGGACAUCGCCUUCCGGCAUGUAUGGGUGGACGCAGCGACUCAAAUACAAGAUGGCCAACUACCGGUCCAAAAUCAGAAGGUCUAAUGUGCCUUGCCCAGAGCUGGAGAUAAAUUCUAUGAGGAGGAAGCCACCGGGAGAGAAGUAUCCUGCUAAGAACUGCAAGAGGCCAAAGAGAGCUGAGGUCAACUUCCUGCCUCCACAUCCAAGUGGAGAAACUGGCGACAGUCUGGAGGUGGAGAGACAGGAGCUUCUCAGUGACGUUAAGAAGAAGGACAACACAAAAGUCAUCCAAGAGAAAAUGGCCAAAACCUUCUCCUGUCGACGGCUGGAGGUUGUGAGCGGUACCCCAUCUGCAGCUGACUUCAAAGAGAGAUGGCCUGCUUUGUUUUGUGAAGCUGAGAUCAAGGAGGAGUUCAGGAGAAUUACUACAAUUCCCCUGGAGCAGAGAUUCCUGUCCAGAUUGGACCUGUACACACCAAAGCUCAUUGCCGUGAUGAAGACCAAGGGAGGUACCGUGGGGACCAAGCUGAGGCCUCUCCUUAGCAAACUGAGUCAGAACCUAAGCACUGAAGCAAGACGUGAAGCAGUUAUCCGUGCUCUCAUACUGUACCUUGGAGAGAAGGAGGAGGACCUUUUCGAAGAUUGCUGGCAGGACAACCACAGUGAUGCAGCUGAGCAUACCCUCAAGGUCCUGGUGGUCCAUGGGGCUGAGGGAGAGCAUCCAGUUGAUGUGUCCAUCCUCCUAGAAGGACAGGAUAUACUACCUGCAUGUGGUGACACCGCUAAAGCCUGCAUGCUGCUGAUGGGGCUGAUCUACGCCCUCAACCUGGCCUACCCCACUGCACUGCGCUACACUUUUGAGGCGUUUCAAAAACUUUUCCUCGAACUCGAUGCGGUCAAGCUCUCCCCAAAACUUCAAACUUUGAAGGUGAAGUUGCUGUCGUGAAGCAACAUGACACACACACACCCUCAUACAGAGUGACCCAGCCCCUCAUCUGUUCAUUCUUUCCUGUCUUUUUUGACACCUGUUGGCUGAUGUUCCAAAAGUAAAUGUAUUGUUUGGAAAACAUGCAUUGUAGAAUGCAUUAUGCUUUUAAUAGUGCAGUAGUUCAGAACCCAGAGUGACUGUUGAAUGUUGCAAAUGUUCAGUUUCACAGUAAUAGCACACAAACAUUUGACACACGACACUCAUGCUCUUGCACACACAGACAGACAAAACACACAUAAAGCAACAUGGCACAUAUUUACACAUACAGAACACACAUUAUCCCUCUAACACAGACAUGCACACAGUGACCCACCCCCUCAUGUUCAUUUAUUCUCUCUCUUUUUGAUACCUGUUUGUCUUGAUGUUCUUGCAUUGCAUUGUGUAAAGACAUGCAUUAUAAUGGUUUUAAUAGUGCACAAGUUCAGAAUACAGAGCGACUGUUCAAAUGUUGCAAUUGCACUGUUUCACAUUGAUGGCACACAAACAUCCCACACAGGCAAUUCUCUUGCACACACACUUGCAUAUUGGUAGCACACAAUAUUCGUGCACACACAAUAUCACUGACUGUUGACACACCUCACUUUUCACACAGACAACACAGACACUCCUCGUACACGGCCCCCCACCCCAUACACACGUCUCCCAUCUCCUAUGAAAAGUUACACAUUGUUACUUGAAAUGCCUUUGAACUGUGAGGCACUGGUUGAUUUUAAUUUUCACUGUUAAUGUUUUAGGACAAAAAAUGCAUGGUUUAAAAGUUAUCUACCCAAGUCUCAAAAUAAGAUGGCACAAUUUGAGUGAUUCGUGUUUUAAAUAGAUUCUACAUUUUAAAUGGUUUUCAGUUAUAAUGGUGAAUAUUUUUAUACUGGAAAGAAGGUAUGUUUUUUAUUUUAUGUAUUUUUAUUUCUAUAUACAUGCCAUAUUGAUGUAUGCCAGGGAUUGAUACAUAACAUUUUGAAUAAACCAUUGCAUUGAAAAAGUGAA